CUGCCCUGCUCAGCUCAGCUGGAUUUUCCAUGCUGCUGGUAAUUAGCAGAGGGAAGCUGACUAAUUGCUCACGUCACCUCUUUCCAGCCCAGCUUACAUUUUGUUCCCGACUCCCUCCAAGCAUGCGGGACUCUGCUCAGGAAUUCGCUGUCACACACACACACAGGAUGCUCUGAGAGGUUUUUUUUUUUUUUCCACCAGGGGUUGGGCUGCCUUUGCUUUAUAAACUCUGUGUGCAGCAGCCAGGGCUCCUGAAAAAUCCUGGGAUUUCUGCUGGGAUCGCUGGGAAAAUGCAUUUCCGUAAUUUCCAUUACAGCUUCAGCUCGCUCGUCGCCUGCCUGGCUGAUGGGGAGCUCUUCACCCAGCCAGAGGCAAGGGCCAAAUUUGAAUCCCUGUUCCGCCCCUACGACAGGGACCUCACCUUUCAGUAUUUUAAAAGCUUCAAAAGAGUGAGAAUCAACUUCAGCAACCCCUUGUCUGCAGCAGAAGCCAGGAUCCAGCUGGACAAGACAGAAUUCCUUGGAAAAGAACUCAAACUCUAUUUUGCUCAGACCCUGCACAUCGGGAGCCCCCACCUGGCCCCCCCUAACCCCGAGAAGCAGUUCCUGAUCUCUCCCCCAGCCUCCCCCCCGGUGGGCUGGCAGCAGGUGCAGGACGCCACCCCCGUCAUCAACUACGACCUGCUGUGCGCCAUCGCCAGGCUGGGCCCGGGUGACAAGUACGAGCUGCACGCCGCCACCGCCACCACCCCCAGCGUGGUGGUGCACGUGUGUGACAGCGACCAGGACACCGAGCAGGAGCAGGCCAGGAAACCCAAACCCAAAAUCAUCCAGACCCGCCGGCCGGACUUCAGCCCCGCCCACCUGAGCUGAGCUCAGCAAAGCCGAGCUGCUCUGGGGCCGGACUUGAGCCCCGCCCACCUGAGCUGAGCUCAGCCCAGCCGAGCUGCUCUCCGAGGAUUUGGGGUGAAAACCAGCCAGGGACAGCGGCUGCUGACUUGGGUGGCAGCUGCAGCAGGAGAAUUCCAACCUCAGUGUGCUCCAAGUGCAGGAAUUCCAACCUCAGUGUGCUCCACGUAUAGGAAUUCCAACCUGAGUGUGCUCCAAGUGCAGGAAUUCCAACCUGAGUGUGCUCCAAGUGAAGGAAUUCCAACCUCAGUGUGCUCCAAGUGAAGGAAUUCCAACCUGAGUGUGCUCCAAGUGAAGGAAUUCCAACCUCAGUGUGCUCCAAACAAAGGAAUUCCAAGCUGAGUGUGCUCCAAACAAAGGAAUUCCAACCUCAGUGUGCUCCAAGUGAAGAAAUUCCAACCUCAGUGUGCUCCAAACAAAGGAAUUCCAACCUCAGUGUGCUCCAAGUGAAGAAAUUCCAAGCUCAAUUUGCUCCAAACAAAGGAAUUCCAAACUCAGUUUGCUCAAAAGGAAGGAGUUCCAUACUCAGUUUGUUCCAAACAAAGGAAUUCCAAGCUCAGUUUGCUCCAGAUUAAGAAAUUCCAAGCUGCUGAUGUGCUGAGUGAAUUCCCAGAUCCCUGGGAGCACAGGAUGGGAGAAGGGGACAUCUGGGGACAUUUGGGGACAUUUGGGGACACAGCUGGGCUUCUUUUGGAGGAAAAGCAGCUGGGGGAGGCUUUUGGUGGCUGUUUGGAAAACCUUGGGAUAACAGGGUUGGAAAGGUGAUGGGAAUUUGGGGAAUUUCACCCUUUUUUCUUAAAAUAGUUUUUGUGCAUGUUUCUUCUCAGUCUUCUAAAGCAAUUUGCUUUUUUUUCUAGAGUUUCUCCCAAGUUUCUGGAAAUCUGGGAAUUGUUUCAAGUAUUAAUUAUCUCAGCAUCCCAGAAUUCCUCCUGGAUGUGUACAUACAUGAUAUAUUUAUAUUUGGUUUUAUUGGCACUGGUUUUCCAGCAGGAUCCAAUUCCUCCAGCACCUGCUUUUUUGGUGCUCUGGGAAGUUGUGCUUUUAAAAUUUUAACCUUUGAAAUUCCUGCAGAGGAGUUUUUACCUGGCAAAGCAAUGGGAAAAACAAAAAAAAGUGCAAUAGGAAUGUUGUUGGAAUACAUGGAUUUUAAAUUAUUUAAAUUCAAGUAAUUUAUAUCUUCAAUAGGAUUUGUUUGGGAGCUUUGACUUGGAGGGGGGAAAAAAAGGACUCAGAGCAGGGGGAUUUUUCCAGUGGAAAAAAAAAUGCUGGAGAAACUUGAAAAAUCUGCAUUUUUGGUGAGUAAAGAUUUGUUAGGGAUUGGAAAAUUGCAGGCAGGAAGCAGUGAGGAGAGCUGGAGUGCCUUGUCCUUGUCCAUUCCUACUCCAAGCUGCACACUUGGAUCUUUUUCUACUGGCUUUGGGUAUCCAGAAAUCCAAACUUUCUGAGCUUUGCUUCCACACUCAGCUGGGAUGAAAUGCUUAAUGCCAAGGAAUGCUGAUUUAGGCAGGGAUUAUGUGGGACAAGCUUUAGGGUUUUUUUUUUUUAAAGGCUCCAAAAUGCAAAAUUCAAAGAAGAAAGAUGGCAGAAAUAUUUUAUUACUGAUUUUUAAACUGGAGAUCCUCACCUUGAAACAGGAUUCAGGAUUUUUUGAGAAGAGAUGGGAAUUGCUAUCCAUGGAAAAGACAACUUGGAAAAAAGGAAGUUUGAGCCUCUCAUGGUGUUUUUGGGAAUCAAACUGUGGCUCUCUCUUGGUUUGCUUUUGCCACAGUUGGUCUGAGAAGAGAUUGAAGCUGAAAUUCCUGGUUCACACCUUGGUUUUUUUAAAAAUAACAUUUGUUUUUAAAAGAAUGGAGCCAUUCCAGGCUGUGGGGCAGGGAAACAGGGUGUUCUGGAAGGCCUGGAAUUCCUGACUGGAACACAAAUGUGGGCCUGGAGAGCAGGGAUAUACUGAAUUUUCUGCUCUGGCUUGGAUUGUUAUUCCCUGGAAACUGGAACAGAGCCUGCUCCUGGUGCCUGAGCUGAUCCCAUGGAUUGCUGGAGCUGCACACACAGGAAAAUCAGAUUAUUUUGGGUUACCCUCAACCCAAAACAAAGGAAUGAAGUGCAGAAAAACUCUGUAGGUUUGCCACAACUGCCUUGAAGCCUUUCCAAGACUUUUCCACGUUUCUCCAGUGACUGCUGGACUUUGUGUCUCACCACAUUCAGAUUAAAACACUGGGAAUAAUUCCUGUGCUGUCCUUUUUCCAUGGCAAAUCAAAGAGUUUGGCACUACAAACCCAGGUGGCUGCUGCUGUGUUUCCCACAAAAGCAGAGCUGCUUUUCAAUUCUCAACCCAUCAAUAAAUCUGAUUUUGGUCAUUGUAAUCCCUGACCCCUGCCUGAGGUGGGAACCAUGGAAAUCUUGGAAUGCUCCCAGUGUGUUCCUGGUUGGAUCUGCCACCUCCUGUCCUCAUGACUCCAGUGUGCUGCUUGCUUUUUUCUGGUCCUUUUAUUUUUGUAAUGUUCCAAUGGAUGCUUGGUUGGUAUUUUAUACACUUGUAUAGCACGGGGCAGAUUGAAAUUAAAAUAUUUUGUUGUCUUCUUGUAAA